AGGUCGGACCCGCUAAACUCCAUACGUCUCUUCCUUUUUCAAUACGCUCUGAUCUGGUCUGCCUACAAUUUUCAAUCCGGUCGUCGAGUGCAACUUCUUUCUACGUUUUCGGGGUUAGCAGUUUCUCGAGUUAUCUCGCUUAUCCCUCGGCCGAAGAUCGAAGGAGAGUGAGAUCUCGCGGAAAGUGGUAGCGUAACCAGGGUUUGGAUCUACCGCGGGCGCCAGUGUGCAACAUCACGUGACCGUUGGUAGACGCAGCCAGUGCGCAGUCUCACGAGCAGAAGACGCGGCGCGGAGUACAUAAAACGAUCGGGAAUUGUAUCAGUUGAUAUUUCUUAAAGAGAAUGGCACGGUUAGCGGGAGAUCUUGCUAAAAAUACUAAAAAGGUACUCUUGCGCGUGUACGGCGCGCAACUCUUAGCUCCUUCGGCUUGCACGUCGCUUACAUCGUUACGCAGAACCAUAACCUCAACCGGUUGCGUAAGAGCGGGUAGAUGGUACACGGAUAAACAUGAAUGGUUGGAGGUUGAUGGGAAGGUAGGCACCGUUGGUAUCUCCGAUUAUGCUCAAAAGGCUUUAGGAGACGUGGUGUACGCGCAGCUUCCAGACGUAGGAUCUCUGGUCGCCAAAGGAGCCGAAUGCGGGGCACUGGAAUCCGUGAAAGCAGCAUCUGAGCUGAUAAGUCCUGUCGGGGGAAAAGUUAUAUCGAAGAACGAAGAUGUAGAGAAGAAGCCUGCCCUAAUCAACACGUCGUGUUACAAGGAUGGAUGGCUCUUUAAGGUAGAAUUAAACGAUCCACAAGAGAUAAAAAGUCUAAUGAACGAGGAAGCAUACACCGAGUUUUUAAAGACCGAUCCCCAUUAAGUUCUAUCUGUGAAAAAAGGCUUCAACAAAAGGUUUCUCGGUGCUGCAUCGGCAUAUCGUGCAAUUUCAAAAUGUUUUACUCGCAAUGGCGUUCGGUCAAAUGUUAGAGCAGAGACGCUACCGUUUUGACAGAGCAUUUUUUAAUUGCACAAAAGGUAUCGUCUCCUCUAAUAACCAAAGAACGCAUUUAGAGACCAUUCGGGGAGCUAAGGAACUAAACGAGCUACCGGUGAUCUUAUAAUGGGAAUCAUUACAGGGGGCUGAUCGCAUGGCGGUACAGAGCCUGAAAAAGAACAAUAGUAUGUUAAUAAUAAAGAUAUAUUUACAAUCAUGAAUUUUUCUACAUAAUUUACAAUUGCCAGCUCCUAAUGGCAGUGUCAACGACGCUUUUUUAACUCGAGCUCCGAGGGGAGACGAAUCGGAACGAAGAGAAUUACAUUGAUAUUAAAUAAUAAGGCUUCCGUCGAUCAAACUGGUAACUGUACAUGAAUAUGCGGCGAUACAAUGUACACAACCACUGUAAUUUUAAUUGACGUAAUUUCUAAUUACAAUAAAUUGUUAAUAAAACGUUCCUCUCGUUAUGCGAUGUAUCGUUGGACGAUUAAACGGGAUGGACGUGUGUACAGAGACGGUGGACUUGGAACCGUACCUUAAACCGCUGCGGGGAGAAGGGAGGAAAGGUGGGAGGAUGAUACUUGCGAUCUUUCUCUUAGAUUAUAUUAUUGAUAAACCUCUCAGGACAGCGAUGAAAUCUGAUUUAAUUGUCCAUACGGUAGUAUAGCUCGUGGUAAAAAUAAAUACAAGUCGAUCUUCGACGUUCGUCUCCUCCUACCCAAACGGCAAAACUUUCCUUCCUUUUUCCCUCUCUCGUCAGAGGGAUAUCGAUUUUAAUCGGUAGUUUCGUAGAAUGGUACAAUUCUCUCGUCAAACGGCCCCAGUUUUCGGCCCCGGCUCUUAAACGGUUCACCGCAACUAAGCACCCGAAUUCGACGUUUCCUUAUUCGUCCUUACCGACUCGAAUCACGAUACGUAGGUGGACGUGCAAAGGUGCUAUAUCACCGUGCGCGACUAUCUCUUCUACACGAGAGUCAGAUUGAGACCCUCCUUCCGAGAUAUAUACCCCGCGUAUACAUAUAUAAUAUAUACAUGCAUAUAUAUAUAUAUACACACACGUAUGUAUUCGAAUUGCCAUCUGGGCUCCAGAGAUAGGCACCAUCAAUUACAUUUGUAAUUUAAUCACCGAGUAAUACUAAUUACAGCUGUACAUAAUCGGAACGGCAUCUAAUUAUCCAUAACGCGUUUACAAGUUUGAAUUGGAACGACGCCUAAUGACCGAUAUCAAUUAAAAUCCAUAAUCGAAGUCGCGUCCGAGCGAUCACCCCCGAAUACUUCGGGGCCGAGGAACGUCCUUAAUUAAGGAUCAAUCAAGCUCGAUCGCUUACAAAUAUCUCAAGGAUCUAAACUCUCCAUCGAAAAGUACAAUCCCAGCGAUAACGCGUCUCUAAAAUGACAUACACCUGGCAAUUGGGCGAUGUUCCGAUUACGCAAAGUAUCUCGCGAUUACCGGCAAUUAGUGCCGUUCCAAUAACAACGAGUAGUGGUAGUAUCCUGGUGUAAAAAAAUAUUCCAGAAGAACAAAAAAAAAAAAAGAAAAAGAUAAGUAAUAA